UUUAACAUUAUAUUAUUUCAGAAAAUAUGCGAAGUACAACUUACUCAAAUAAGCAAUGCGGUAAAAUGAAUGGAAUGCCAAUUCCGUGAAACGAAACGUGAGAAGCCUAGCGUGCUAAACGUAAACAAAGGGCUGAGUGAAAGGGUGACGUUAAUUUGAAAAUUUUAAGCAAAACAAACGAAACAACAAUGUGAGUCACACUUGCGCAAUUUUGAACCACAGUGAUCCAAUACAAUUAAGUGUAAAUUUCGCAAUAUCGAAGAAACAGCGAGAUCUAUAUAUAGAAGUGAUAUCGCGAACGGAAGCCGCAGAGGAAAUGGUCGGUUGCAAGGUGCAAACCCGAUGACUACUAAUUGCGAAAAAGUAGUUUCAUAUCAACUUUGGAAGAGCCAUGGGUUCGUCGUAUAGAGAUGUCUUCAAAUUGUACGAUUUAAUACAGAGUGGAGACUCGAGGUCAGUGGAGAGUUUCCUAAGUGAAAAUCGAAUAGAUAUAAAUGUGAUAUUACCUUGUAAAGGCAUUGGUGUGUUACAUUUGGCUGUUGGUAUUGAGCCUUUAGAGAAAUCAAAAGAGUGCACAGAAGUACUACUCAAGCAUGGAGGUGAUCCCAAUUUAUGUACUGACGAUGGUGUGACCCCAGUCCACAUAGCAGCCAUAUGGGGCCGAGUGCAGAACCUGAAGCUCCUCCUUGGCUGCGGAGGUGACCCGUCCCGGCUUGACCUGGACGGCCACUCGGCCUUCGACUAUGCAGCUCGGGAGGAACAGUGGGAGGUGUACGACUACCUACACAAUGUGGUGGACCAACUGGAUGAUACCUUUGGACCACCUUGUGCAUAUACCUUAGAUUUAGAUAAAGUGCUAAUGACGACAGACCAAGUGGUCGCCGAAUACGAGCCCGUCACCGGCAACCCUCUCCACCACGUGUCCACCUGCCGGAGGUCCGAGAUGGUCCGCGACUGGUGCGAGAAGACCAGCCUCGUCAUGAACAACCUCUACCCCACAAUACUCGGAGAACAGCUGCUAGAGGACGAAUCAGCGCCAUGGAACACAGAUCUCACCAAAAACCUUGAUCUCACUAAGGAUAGAACUAAUGACACUAGGACAAGCUACAAAACAUGCACCAGCAGACCAGUGGAAAUAGAAAUAAGCGGCGUACAAAGACUCGAAGACACUGUUGAAGAAAAAUCAUGCUCUUGCCAAGACGCUAAAGAUUAUAAAAAACAACGCAUGAGCGUUUACGAAAACUUUUCGCUGCCUGGCUCGCCUAACAGUAUUACACACGUAAAUUAUAAAACGAAGACCAGUUUGAAGAAAUGUAAGUCGCAACUAAGUUCUGAUAUGCGAAGAUUGACUUUAGAUGAUUCUCACUCGUUAUUGACUGAAGAUAAUUCACAAAUGGACAAGGCGUUGAUUGUGGUUCAGAAUAAGACAAAUGAGUGGUUGUGUAACCACAACGACACUGAAGUUGGGGCCAUGAAUACCAGGAGGUCAUCGGCCAGCAGUGGUGUGAGCAGCAUUUUCUCAGGAGGCAGUAUAGUUAUAGCAAAUGUGCAAGAAGAGUACAAAUAUCAGGAUGAAGAGGAGGAUGUGGUUUUAAUUGAAAAGAGGCUACUUGUUUCGCCUGUUGUUCUUCCAGUAGACGAGGCAGCUGACACAACUCCGGACCAGACAAUAGUGUCCGUGGCUUCCUCAUUACCAGCUUCCGUAGUCUACGACAGUAAUACCCUCAGAGCAGAACUGGUCAAGCUAGGAUUCAAACCUGGGCCCAUACAGGACGGCACCAAAACUCUCUACUUGAAGAAACUACAAGCGCUCAAGAAACAACCUAUUGUUGUCAACAAGCAGGGCAAAACAUACAGUAUAGAACUUGAAAAAUCCUUGCGCACAAGUGACUGGAUGAAUAACCUAACACCAUACAUAGAGCUGGAAACCAAAGCGCGCACCGACUUUACCAACUCCAACAAGAAAUGGCGAGAAGGCAUGGCGAAGACUUCCUUUACGUAUUUACUGCUGGACCCCAGGCUAACGCAGAACUUACCGGCGAAAGCUGGGACGCAGAACCACCACAUAUCCUGGGUUACCUUUGUCAACUCGAUAUUUUAUGUUGGAAAAGGUAAACGUUCCCGCCCCUACUCCCACCUGUACCAAGCCCUAACCCUCUGGAAGCGCGACUUCACCACCUCCAACGACAAGAAAGUACAGCACAUCCUCGACAUCUGGUCAGACAAGGUCGGUGUCGUCUGUCUCCACAUAUUCCAGAACGUCAUCCCAGCAGAAGCUUACACGUACGAGGCGGCCAUGAUUGAUGUUCUAGGUCUUCCGAAUUUGAAAAAUUUGAAAAGUGGAAAUUAUUACGGCGUCGCGGCGUCCUGGCCGUUGAAAGAUAGACGGAUGCUAGGGUUGUACCUUUUGUACAAGGCGAUGCUUAUAUUUUUGAACGAAGGCGAGAGACAGUUGAGGCCUGAUGAUAUAGAUUAGGACUUAGGUGUACAGUCAACUGUAAAAAUAUGGCUGUAGCCAACUUAUUCAACUAGUCCCAUGGUUCUUAAUUCGCUGACAUUUAAAGAGCUAUGGGACAUAUUUCUGAGAUGAUUUGUGCACCCAUAUUUUUACAGUUGACUGUCCUACUCAACGAUAUGCCUAGUGAUUGUGAGUGAGUUGUUGACUGCUACAGUUUGAAAGAGCGACAUUAAAUUUGGAUCCAAGUUUAAUUGUAAUACGGUUAUCGUUUUCAAUUAUUUUUGAUAAAUAUUUUUGUGCAAUGAAAAUUAUAAACUUUUCAAUGUGUAGAAAAUGUUUGUAUAAUUAUUACCAUUGAGUAAUAAAACAUAAGACAUACGACAACCAUUGCAAAUUAUUGCUAUAUGGUUGCAAAAGACAAUAUGUCCUAAAUAGGGCAUUACUUACAUUUUUAUAGACAAAGGCAUACUUGCCUCCAUGAAUGUGUCAUAAAAACAACGAAUUCUACAAGAAAAUCACUCUGUCGUCUGUUGCAGUCAAAAAUGUAGCUUUAGUUUCGAAUUUAACAAAACAGUAUUUAUUUUAACGUCAAAGGAAAAGCUUUACUGUGAACAGUGAUUAUUUUGAUUAUUUAGCAAUUUGUAAGUUUUUGAGUAAGUGCAGUGAAGAUGUUAUAGUAUUUAAUUACGAGUAGUAUUUAAACAUCGAGAAAAUCAAUUGUCUCUCUAUUGAAUAGGUAUAGGCGCGAUUUAGCAUAAUAUUUUUUUGCAUAAAGGCGUUUAUAAGUCUUCCUUGAUGUAAUCUUAUCCUUUCAAAUACUUUAAGUAAAACAAAUGCCAAGUUCAUAAAUGCAAAUAAAUUUACUUGACAAUGUACUCAAAAAUCUUAAGAGAUUUUCAAAUUGUUAUCUUAACCACAAAGUGUAAGAUUUUAUUGACGCUUAUAGUGCUUCUUACCUUUUUUUAAUAACAAUAUUUUAGACAUCGUCACUGGUUGAAGCCUACAUUUAGCAACCAACAUUGUAUUAUAACAACCAAAGAAAUAUUUUUAUAAGACGCAUUCGAGAAGUAAUUUUCAAAGUUGAAAGACCAACAUAAUUUAAUAAGCAGACAUACUGAAUAGUUAUUUGUUGUCAAUUUAUUCGCUUUCUAAAUUGCUUUAAAGAAUGCGAUUUUAACUUUUUUCUACAUUUUUAAGCAGUCCAGCCGGCGUAUUAUGGAUAGCUUUAUCCAUCAUUAUCCACGCGAUAAAAUAACUGUCACUUUUUAACACCGUGACAUAGAAAGUGACGGACACCGUUUCAUCACGCUGUCACGUAGACAAGAACGACCAUCAUUUCCGUACAGUAUUACGCCCUGUGCGUAUUGUUUCUUAUUUUAUACAACCUUCUAAGUUUUAAACGCAGUCUGGCAUCUGUCUCGUCAUUCAGUCACUAUUCAAGAUUCGGGAAUGAAAUCAGCAUUUCAACUCAGAGGUCACACUGCGUUUCUAUUCUCGCUCGAUAUUCCUAAUCGAUAUCUAUCGAUUACUAUUAGCAACACAAUUAACUCCAGGCGGCCUAGCCAAGGUGACAAUCGCUACGGAGCGUUAGCGAUUGGCUGUUGUCUACAGGGCCUGCCGGCCUAGACAAGGUGACAAUCGAAAUCGUUUCUACAACGAAACGCUUUACGUCUCUCUAUCACUCUUCCAUAUUAGUGCGACAGUGACAGUUGCGUUUCGAUCGCUAUGGAGCGUAAGCGAUUGGCAUGUUGGCUACGUGACCUAAUUCCUUAUCUCAUGGCUAUAAGGUUAUGAAAUUACAUAUUGUGUAUCAAACAACUGUUUUAUCCUGUGAAAAAGCCCUUCUAUUGUUAGUUAAUAAGAGAUUAUUAAGCCCUUUUAAUUUUGCUAGUAAUUUAUUUUAUUUCCACUAUUUAAUUUUACUUAAUUAAGCUUUAAUGGUAUUUAAUAACAAUAACUUGUAAAAAAUGCAAUAACUUAUAAGUUACCGUGCACUUUUAACUGUAUGUACCUAUUUAAAACUCGUUCCUAGUCAAACAUCACAAUUUUUAACAUUAAGGCAAUGUAUCUUGACAAUAAUCUAAGAUUUCUUAGUAUUUAUUAAGCAUUGUAAGAACUUUUUAAAGUAAAUAAAAACCCAUUUUCUAAGAAAUAA